UGAUAAGAGAAACACUGAUAAGAGUGUCUGUCAACACCUGUUUGACAUUCGUGGCUACAUCAUCAUGAUGGUCAGUUAAAAUCAUUGUGUUUUCGUACAGUGUCGCGCGUGAAAAUGUGAAUUUUAUAUAAAUAAAAUAGUUUUUGUUAAUGAAACAUCGAGGGGCGCACAUGAACAUCCCAAAGCGAAUGACGUGAGUGACAGUGGCGCCAUUGCGGCAGUCGGCCCGAACUAGCGCCAGUAGACGAAUUUCGCUCGGUGGGUAAUGAGAGGCUGAGCGAAUUACUUCAAGUUUCUCACGAAAUGGCCAGCAAUAUGAAGCCAAUGCACAAAACCAAACAUUUCCCGAUAGACCAGCUCGUGUGUGUUGGCAAUUACGAGCUGGAGAAAACGAUUGGCACGGGGAAUUUCGCUGUUGUAAAACUCGCUACACACAUUAUAACUAAGAGUAAGGUAGCAAUAAAAAUAAUAGACAAAUCGAGAUUAGAUGAGGACAACUUGAAGAAAACAUUCAGAGAAAUAGCGAUUAUGAAGAAAUUAAGACACCCUCAUAUUGUCAGGUUGUAUCAGGUUAUGGAAAGCAGUCACACGAUAUACCUAGUCACAGAAUACGCGCCUAACGGUGAAAUAUUUGAUCACCUUGUAUCCCGUGGUCGUAUGACGGAACCGGAGGCGGCGCGCGCCUUCGCCCAAAUGGUGGCCGCCGUGGGGUAUUGCCACGCCAACGGGGUCGUCCACAGAGACCUAAAGGCAGAAAACUUGUUGCUCGAUAAGGAUAUGAAUAUUAAGUUGGCAGACUUCGGGUUCAGUAACGAGUACACAGCUGGCUCUCCGUUGGCGACGUGGUGUGGUAGUCCACCUUAUGCUGCCCCGGAGCUGUUUGAGGGCAGACAGUACGAUGGACCCAAGGCUGACAUCUGGUCUUUAGGCGUGGUUCUGUACGUGUUAGUAUGCGGCGCGCUUCCCUUCGACGGCAGUACUUUACACGAACUGCGCAGCGUUGUACUCAGCGGGAAGUUUCGGAUACCUUACUUCAUGUCACAGGAAUGUGAGCACCUAAUCCGUCACAUGUUGGUGGUGGAGCCCGAGCGUCGCCUGUCGCUGCGCGGCGUCGCCCGCCAUCGCUGGCUCGCCGCGCACCGACCCAACCAUCAACCGGGGCCCGGACCCGGGAUAUACGAGGAGAGCCUGGGUGCGUGUGCGUGUCACUCAGCGGAGGCGUCGGGUGGCGCGGGGGGCGCGGGGGCGGAGUCCCCACACUGCGCCGACACCGUGCGCCGCCACAUGCUCACUCUGCCCGGACUCACGCAUCUACUCAUCGAACAGGCUAUACAAGAGGACCGUUUCGAUCACAUAUCAGCUAUAUACCACUUGUUAAUGGACAAAUUACAACAGCGGUCUAGCGCCAGAAACAGCUUACAGCAUAGAGAUUCAUUGGACUCGACGACUGGACAACCUUUGGAUCUUACUAGUACUAAGAACGUGGAAGAAGAACAGAUGGAUGCAGAAGAGACGACAGCGCAGGAUUGCCUCGUCACUGUACCGUGCGAGCCAGUGGACUACCUGACUGACCAACCUGAUAACUUGGAGAAGUUCGGUUCAACAGUAGCCCCGGUAACAGACGAGCCCCCCGCCCCGCCGGCGCAGCCCAGCUCUGCGGAGACCCACGCCACCAGGCGACAUACUGUCGGCCCCGGGGACUGUCGCCAUACACAGGGUGGAGAGCUGGGUGUAUGCGGGGCAGCUUCUGCAGACCUGCGACCCUCACCGCUUUACGUGUCGGCGCAUUUCAAUCAACAAGCAUCUCCGAACGUGUCCCUGCUCCCGAACACGAACCUGGCGGCCAAGCUGCCGGCCGUCCAGCAUCAGCCCCCGCGGUACUUCAGCGUCAAGGACCAACAUCUGCUCAAGCCCCCCCACGCCAUGCAGACACAAGCGUCGACGUUCGGUCGGCGCGCGUCGGACGGCGGCGCACACGUGGCGCGCGGACGCGACCGCGCCUGCUGCCACUCCGCGCCCGCGCAUCAUGUAUCAGACAGUGGCACUCCAGCUCGCGCCGAAGACACGGAGCAAUCUGAGGAACAAAACACAGAUUCUGCUUACAACACUAACUUAUGCAGAUAUAUGAUGAACCGAGGCAGCAGUAAGCGGCAUACUAUGGCGACUCCGGAAGACGCGGCCAAUGUCGUCACUUCCAGUACCGGAUCUAUGCAAAGUACAUCACCGUCCUCAACAACAAGCAUACGAGUGAGAAGAACCGGUCUUUUGACUGUCACCGAAAGACCGCCGGUUAUAAGCCCAGAAUUAGUAAUGGAGGUCGAAGCUCGAAUGAAGAGGAAUUAUUUGCCACCUUCCAUGCAAUAUCAGAACCAAAGUGGUUACCAGAGCCCCCCCACCCCAACGGGACCAAUCCCCAAUCCUGUCCCCCAAUCUCCUACCCAAGGCUCGAUCACUGCUGGCACUCCAAAUUACAGCCAGAAUACAGGAAACCAAAAGUCCAUGAAACCUGUUUUACAAACCAUUCCACAAGGCUCUAUUAUGGGUACCAAGGGGUCUAUAAUGUCUGGGACCCCAAUAACCCAGGCUGUCUCCCCUUUCACCCCCACAAUGGGUCAGUUUUCGUCAAAUCAUGGUAAUGUCGCUCAAAAUGUCGGGUCUAUUACCAGUGGGACUCCAGUAAAUCAAGGUUCCAUUGUUUCUGGAACCCCUACCUAUGACAAUACAAAGAAUUUUGGCAGCUUUAGCUCCAACAGUUAUGGCAGCAUCCCUAGCUGUUCCUAUAAUACACCUAAUGUGAAUAAUUUCGGGUCUAUCACAAGUGGGACCCCAAUUAACCAUAACUUCCAAAAUCAACCCAUGAGCCAAGGUUCGUAUCAGCAGACCCCUAUGAGCCAAAAUACGUUUUCGAACGCCCCCAUUAAAAAGGGCUCAAUAACUGACGGUACGCCUAUUUCUCAAAAUCCCUUCCAAUCAGGCCCUAUGGGUCAAAAUUACCAAAGUACAAAUCCUCCAUUCUCAAGCACGCCCAUAAAAAAAGGCUCUAUAACCGACGGCACCCCAAUCACAACACAGUACCAAAACCAACCAGUUAUACAUGGCCGGAGAUCGUUCCAGAAUCCGCCUAUUCAGGGCUCAUUUAUCGGUGGCCCUCAAGGGUCUUUCUCGAAUCCUGCAAUUAAUCAGGCGUUUGACAAUACUCCUAUGUACCAAAGCUCUUUCAAUUCAGAAUCUUUUAUACCGACACCUAUGAAAAAGGGGUCUAUUACUGAAGGGACCCCUAUACAACAAGGGUUCUUUUCAAGUCAGGAUUCGUUCAAUAACGCCCAAGUUCCUAUGAACCAGGGGUAUCAGCCGCCUCAUCAAAAUCAAGGGUCCUUAAUGAACCAAAAUUCUUACCCUAAUCUAACAGGAGGAAAUCAAAAUUACCCCACUCCUGGUAGCCAAAUGAGCCAAAAUUAUCCACCUCCCCAAAAUUACUCGACGCCUAUGAACCAAGGGUCUCAGAAUUACCAGAAUGCCCCCGGUUCUAUUACCGCCGGGACCCCGAUUCCUGUGACUAGUAAUAGCUAUAACUCCGGACAGUACAACGGCAAACAAAGAAAGUAUUCCGGACCUCAACGGAUCAAAUUGCAAAUGUUAGCCACAGUGCAGGAAAUGGCACGUGAACAUGCAGAGAGAUACUCCCCCGUCCGUCGGGCGGAGUGCUCCCCCCCUCGGGCUGCGCAUGACAUCGCCUCAGCCAGACUUGAAUAUCAACAGCUACAGCGAGGCCUAGAGCGACGUGGCGGAGGCCCGGGCGCUUCGCCCCCUCACGCUGAUGUCAGACUACAUACACCUGGGACUUCGAUGCCUGGGUCACCAAUCCACCAAUGCGUGGGCACAGCAUCUCCUCUGGACCUGAACACAGUGUCUCCUGAAGCAGCCCGAGCUGUUCUGAUGGCAGUCAGGAACAUCAUGACAGACCCAGCCGCCAUGGAGCUACAUACCACGCUGGUGCUUACUCAGGACCUAGCGAUGAAAAUCGGCAUCAAUCUCCACGCGCUCUACAACCCACACGUGAACAUAUCUCAAGAGAUCCUCAAGUCCAUCCACUCGUACAAUAACUUCGCUCUUCUGUCCGGACAUACGUCACCCGCCAGCCCGGGCUCACCGCUACACCAAAUCACUGAAGGUCUCAGCUAUCUCCACACUGGAUCCAUAACGAGAGGAACCCCUCAAGCAUCAGCAACACCCUUAGAUUUAAGAAGUAAUGUGGAUAUGGACACAGGGCAGUAUCAGCAACUACACCCUUUAGUCCACUCUCAAAUCCACAUGGUGACCCAUAGGUCCUUAAACAACUCCCCCAUCUCAAACCCAGGGUCUCCUUUAGACAUGAUUCAAGAAGAGAUCGGAAACGGAAGCCAUUUAGACAAGGCCUUUCAAGAAAACAUGAGGUACGUACCCAGUUUCACUCCAACACAUCCACAGAUCAGUCUAACUGAUUGCUUAGGAUCUGAAAUUACGCUGGUAGCGUCGUCUUCUGAAGACAGUAUGGAUAGUUUGGAGAAUACCAAGUAUGCUCUACCUCAGUUCGUGAUCUCUGAACCAUCCGACUUGGACGAUAGGCCUUCUAUAACCAAGGGCAUAGGUAGGAAAGUCAGUCAGGAGACGGAACAAACGGAGCCUAAAGAGGAACCGGCUCCCGACGACGCAGAAAUGCAAUCGCCUAAAGAAAGUGUCGAUGAAACGGCCAAGUUCUUGACAGAAGAAAUGAAGUAUCCGCGCCGGGGUAGCGAUAAAUCAUUAGGUUUUAGCGACGAUUCCCUAAGCAACGAUUCUGCGAAUGUAUCUCCGAACUGCGAACAAAAUAUUCAGUCAAUUUACUCGAAUAUCGUCUCCAUAAGCUCAGGGUUUAGCGAGAAUCGAGGCAGCUUCUCUGAACACCGAGAGUCAUUCUCCUUUUCCGACCGAGGCUCUUUCUCUGAACGAGGGGAUUUCGGACGGUCCUCGUUUUCUGAACGAAGCGAUUUCGGUAGGGGCAGCUUCUCGGAGAAAGGGGAAACGCCGCGAUCAUCAUUCUCCGCGCAGGGCACCUUGGGGGAGGUGAAAGAGUAUUACGAAGAUGUUUACAUGUCUAGGGAUAAUAGUAGGCAGUGUUUGGAGAAAUGCGAUGAGGAGGGCACGCCACCUAGCGAGGAGAUUGAGAAGCUUCAGAGGUCAACUAUGGACCUACGUUUGACAGAAAUCUGUAGGCCGGAGGAGAAAAUACCGAUACUGUUAAGCCCUCAAAAAGUUUCCUGCGUACAAGAAUAUUAUGAAGUCACAUUAUCAACUGUAUGCUCCAAACUAGAUUCUCAAAGAAUAGUGGAGCUGUUAAAAGAAGCUAUAAACACAAGGGUUCCGCCGCAAAGUAUAUUCGUCGAAACCGACCAGAAAGACGGCGACGGAACCCUAACAGGGUAUUUAAAUUUGGAAUAUUCGGGCGGUAUUCAAAUCGAGCUAGUUCUAUGCGAAAACAAAGCUAUGGAGAAGAAGGGUUUGAAGAUGCGACGGAUUUCCGGUGACCAGAGGGAGUAUGGUAAACUGUGCGAACAGUUGAUCACCAGUUUGACUGUCUGAAUCCAAUAUUAUUAAAAAAAAAAAAGAAAAGAAAACCCAAAACUGUCAACUGUCAAAAUGACGUUUCGUCUAUUUCCCCGUACGUGACACCUGUCAACGUGCGUCACUUUGACGUUUCGUCGAUUUUGACAGCUGUCAUUUAGGUUUUUCUCUUUUUUAAUUGUUCGGUUGUUGUUAUUAUUAUUAUUGUAAUAUUUUUGUCUGUUGUUUUGUAACGGAUUCGUACCGUUUACAUACCUUAUGCAUUUAUUAUUGAUAUUUGCUUAUGAAAAAUUCAUUCCUGUCACGUGUUUUGACGUUUUUGUGCAUAUCAGAAUGAUGAAAAUUUAUAUAGAAAAAAAAAUAUAAUUAUGUGAAGAUAAUACUUCGCUCGUCCAAGGAUUGAUACGUAGUUUUACAUACUCUUUACUCUUCUUUAAUUUUUUAAAUCUCACUACGCUGUUACACGCAUUUUCAAAUUCAUAAAAUUAAUUUAUUAUUUAAUAAAAUUAAUAUUUUCUUGUUAAAAAACUAAAGUAGGUAGUCUUUAAAUCGAAUAUUAUAAUAAAUUCAUACUUGGAGCGAGCGAAGCAAGGCGAAAAAGUGAUACUUGUGCAAUAUUAGUUAUGAAAAAAAUAUGUGUACAGUAGCAAAAAAAGUGAUUAAUGUAAAAAGAAAAUAUUUGUCGAAAAUUGUUACUUGAACUGCGAAUAUAGCCUUUAUUACCGCAUAGGUAAGGCUAAAUAUGUUUGAACGACGUUGACUGCUCUUUUAACUAGGACACAAGUUGUUAAAUACUUAUUUCCAAAAACUUUACCAUAUAUUUGGUAUAAAAAUAAUAUUUUUCCAAUUAUCUGGAAUGUAACAUUCCAUAUUUCUCUCUUCUCGUCCUCUAUUUAAUAACUGUCAUGGCUGACCUGUCAAAUGAAACGUCAAAACUGACAGUUCAUCGGGCGCCAUGUUGAGUUUGAAUCGUUAUCCUGUUAUCUACAAGUAAUCCUAUGUUUUUUUUGUAGAAUUUUAGAUUUUUCCUUAAUCUUUUUUUUAUAUCAGACAACUAAAAAAAGGCUUGUUUUAUUUUUCUUUUUGACUUUUCAAUCGUGGUUAUGUAAGACGAUAGUUCUGCAAACGCCGGCGUUCCCUUGGGGUUAGAUGAGUUAAUUUAUUAUUGACCAAAUUUCCGACGUCCAUUGUACCUCAAGCGGGAACGGUACAACUGAUUUUAUUUCCACAAAAUCGAGCAACUUAAAAUUUAAUUAUUGACAGAAAAAUUCAAACAAAUUGAUAUACAUGAUGAAAUAACUAUUGUACAUACAUAAAGACCCUUAAUGCGGUAUAUUUAAAAGCUAAAAUGGCAUGAAA